AUGGGUGCAGGGAAUAUAAAUAAGGACGAAACAGGUUUGACUUUACGGAACGAAGCUUAUGUUCCGAACCCUUCACGUAGGGUAAAUUAUUUGACACGACCUAGAGCUGAUCCUAGGAUAGCAAGUGUAAACAGUGACACAGCACUUCAUGUUGCUGCGCGAUCAGGAUGUCUGCCGGCUACUGUAUCCAGUCCAACGGAGUAUCAUAAUAGUGAAGCGAAAGAUAAUAGCAGCUUAGGGCGUCCUGCUGAUGUCUGUUUACAGUCAACUGAUGGACGGUUGCAUACUAGUCCAAGUAGUCAUAGCAAUAUUGAUAGUAUUUGUGUAAGUGGCAGAAGUGGUGGCUUACGACUAAAGCCUGCACGCGAACUAUCUCGCAACUCGCCACUAACUGUGAAUAGUCGAAACAUCAAUGUGGACAACAACAACAAGGUUGAGGUGAAACCUCAUGUGUCUAUUAAUAGUGUGGUUGAUGUGAAUAUUAAAGGUGAUGGUGUGGAGAGUGGAAUCACUAUGGUAGUGCAGUUUCUUCGGUUGCUGUUACCAAUGUAG